CCAAUUAGUCAUGCUAAAGAAAGACCUGUUGAAUUGAAUUCAUCUGCGACAGCUGUGUGUUUUUGUUUUGGUCAACAAGGAAAAUAAGAAACACAACGCAACAAUUGGUGGCAAUUAAACCAUGGUUAAAAAGAAAAAACUAGGCUGCUAUGGAAACGAGUUUUCUUUUUUUCUCUAUACAACAAAUGCUUGACCACAGGAAAAAAGUAAGAACAACUACCUAUUUAGUGUUGUAUUUAGUGUGAAAGUAGUUGCGGAAAAAAUGUUUGUUUAUUUAAGCAAAAAGAUUGCAAUACCCAAUAAUGUGCAAUUAAAUUGCAUAUCCUGGAACAAGGAACAUGGUUAUAUAGCAGUGGCUGGUACUGAGGGACUGCUAAAGGUUUUGAAAUUGGAACAAGCAACAAAUGGCCAAAAUAAAGGAGGCUUGGCUGCAGUCUCAAAUCUAUCCAUGAAUCAGACAUUAGAUGGCCACAAAAAUGCCGUAAAAGUUGUUGUGUGGAAUAAUGCCCAACAAAAGUUAACAUCUUCGGAUGUAGAUGGAGUCAUUAUGGUGUGGAUGUUGUACAAGGGCUCAUGGUAUGAAGAAAUGACAAAUGAUCGUAAAAAGUCCACGGUCAAUGGCAUGCACUGGACAUCGGAUGGUACGAAAAUUUGUAUUGUUUAUGCAGAUGGUGCAAUUAUUGUGGGUUCCGUUGAUGGUAAUCGGAUUUGGGGCAAAGAAUUGAAAAACACCCAUCUUAGUGGUGUCCAAUGGAGUCCCGACAAUCGUUUGAUACUUUUCUCACUGGCAAAUGGGGAAUGUCAUUUAUAUGAUAAUCAAGGGAAUUUCGCUAUGAAACUGAAUAUUAAAUGCACAGCUCCGAAUAACACAAGUCGCACAAAUCAUGUUUCAGCCUUGAAUUGGUUUAGUGGAAAAACUACAGGUAACAGACCUGUUUUGGCCAUAUGCUAUGCCAAUGGAAAAGCCCAGCUGAUGAUAGACGAAAAUGACGACAAUCCGAUUAUAAUAAGAACACCAAUGCAUAUUACCGAUGCCAAAUGGAAUCAUGAUGGUUCGGUUUUGGCCAUAUGUGGUCGCCUUGAUGAUGUCUCAUCCACAAAAGAGUUGAAUCAAGUGAGUUUCUAUUCACCGCAUGGACAGCUAUAUCGGUCCCUUAAAGUUCCGGGUAAUAAAAUAACAUCCAUAUCAUGGGAGGGCAAGUCACUGCGCAUUGCCAUGGCCGUUGAUUCGUUUAUAUAUUUUGCAAAUAUAAGACCCGAUUAUGUGUGGUGUUAUUUUGAGAAAACCGUUGUAUUCAUCAAUUCGAAUCACUCGAAAACGAAUAAUUUAAAUGUAAUUACAUUUUGGAAUACAACAUCGAAUCAGAGUUUUCUUAAAGAAGUCGAACCCUGUCUAGCGAUGGCUGCUUGCAAUGAACACUGUGUACUGGCAGUGGAAUGUGUUAGUGGCAACAUUAAAGAUCUGGCUCUAACAUCUGUGGAACGUAAAAAUUCGGACGAUAAAUUGUAUCAAUUGCUCCUCUGCAACUCCAUUGGGACAACUGUUGAUUCUAAAUACACAGAGGUGUGUCCCGAUUUUGUUGGCAUUAAUUCGAAUUACGUGGCCAUCGCCUCAAAAGAUGAAAUUCUAUUGUGGCACUAUCACACACCCAAGAGUGCAUCACAGUUACAUAAUGUCAAAUCGCGUAAAGAAAAGCGUUUUCAUAUCGAUGACACACCGACAGGAGUGGAUUUGGCAAAAGAUUUGCAAAUUCCUAAAGUAAAGCCAGAGGAUAGAGAUAAGAGCAAUGGCGAUCCCAUUUGCUCGAUGGCUUUGUCGGAAAAACUAUUGUUGGUAGCACGUGAAUCGGGCAUUAUAAACGAGUACAGUGUGCCAAAUGUGGCGCUUAGAAAUCGCCACAAAGUUGGUGUGAAAAUAAUUAAAAUGGCCAUUAAUUCGAAUUCAACCCGUGCUGCUCUCAUUGAUUAUAAUGGUGUUAUGACCCUUUUGGAUUUGGAUGAUGCUCGUGAGACCCAACUAAAUUUUAGUCGUGUCGAACGUAAAGAUGUCUGGGCAAUUUGCUGGGCCAAAGACAAUCCCCUGCUAUUGGCGUUGAUGGAAAAGACACGCAUGUAUAUUUUUCGCGGCAACGAUCCUGAGGAGCCAAUUGCAUGUUCGGGCUACAUUUGUACCUUUGAAGAUUUAGAAAUCACAAGUGUUCUUUUGGAUGACAUUAUAAGCGGCGAAGAAACUCAAAAUCCCAUAAGUCAUAUACUGCAACUGAAAGUUAAAUCUUUACGCGACACCGAUGAUCUGUUACAGCAUGUUGGUCUGGAAGAUGCCAAGCAAUUCAUAGAGGACAAUCCCCAUCCACGUUUGUGGCGUCUAUUGGCCGAAGCUGCAUUGAAAAAGCUAGAGCUUGAUGUGGCCGAGAAUGCAUUCGUAAGGUGUGCCAAUUAUCAGGGUAUACAACUUAUAAAAAAUCUACGCAACAUUCCCUCAGAGUUAUUGCAAAAAGCAGAAAUAGCUGCAUUCUAUGGUGAAUAUGAGGAAGCUGAGAAGUUAUAUAUUGAUGGUGAUCGUCGAGAUUUGGCCAUAAAUUUACGUAUUUCCCUGUGCGAUUGGUUCAGAGUUGUACAGCUGUAUCGCAUGGGCUCCGGUAUAUCAGAUCAACAAAUGGAACUGGCUUGGCGUCAGAUUGGUCACCAUUUUGCCAAUUUACGGUCAUGGGAAAGUGCCAAAGAGUACUAUGAAAAAUCUCAUGACAUUGAGGGAUUAAUGAAUGCCCUUUAUAAUUUGGAACAGUUUGAGGAGUUGGAGAAAUGCAUAGAUAAAUUGCCGGAAAAAAGUCCCCUGUUGGCAAAAAUCGCUGAAAUGCUCUCGUCUGUGGGCAUGUGCAGUGAAGCUGUGAAUGCAUUUUUAAAAUUUGGCGAUCCCAAAUCUGCCGUAAACACAUGUGUAAAUCUACGACAGUGGGGUCAAGCAGUGGAAUUGGCCCAGAAAUUCCAAAUGCCACAAGUAACAACAUUAUUGAGCAAACAUGCUGCUGAGUUGUUGAAGGAAAAUCGCCUACCCGAAGCAAUCGAAUUACAACGAAAAGCGGGACGUUAUUUGGAUGCAGCACGCCUGAUGUGCAAACUAGCAGAAAAAGAAACCGAAAAGGGGUCCAAUAUGUUGCGCAUUAAGAAAUUAUACGUUUUGGCUGGACUUUUGGCUGAACAACACCUUAAAAGUUUAGUUGCCAAGACGGAAGACACCCCAAACUACAAUCUCGAUCGCAUUAGCAUAAUGGAUACAUUGAGCCUGGAAGAUUCGGCUACGAUUGAAAGAAUAUGGCACUGUGCGGAGGGAUAUCAUUUCAUGCUCCUAGCACAAAGGCAAUUACGUUUUGGGAUUGUUCAUAGUGCCGUCAUAACGGCCCUACGUUUAAGGGACUACGAUGAUGUUUUGAAACCCGAAGAUAUUUACAGUCUUUUAGCUUUGGCUAGUUGUGCUGAUCGUUCUUUUGGCACGUGCUCCAGGGCUUUUAUUAAAUUGGAAUCACUCAGUGAGUUACCAGAGGAAACUCUAAAGGAAUUUGAAGACUUGGCAAUAAAUAUAUUUUCUAAAAAUGAGCCAAUCGACAACAAGGAAGAUUUUAUAACAUGUUAUGCUUGUAAAGCAUCAGUAUCGGACAGCUUACCCGCUUGUAACAGUUGUGGUGCUCGCUUUCCGCCCUGUAUAUCUUCGGGAAAACCCAUAACACAACCAACAGCAAACAUCUGGAUCUGUGGUACAUGUCAUCAUUGUGCAGCGCCAAUGGAAAUAACUCGUCAUCGAACGUGUCCUCUGUGUCAUGCCUUAAUAUUAUCAAUGACACUGGAAGUUUAAUUGGAAAUUAAAUUUAUACAAUUUAUGGUCUCAUUAGCAAGUUAAUAAAAAUCUAAUAAAACGCUUUAAA